CAAAUAAAACUAUUCUAAACAAUUUCAAAUCAUCCCAAAAUAAAGCAGCUGUCAACAUGAUUGCAUUUUUAACAUUAUUUCUCUAUAUGACAAAUUUAACAAUGGGCUAUCAAAGACUGUCUGGUAAUACGAAUCACAAUAAUGUUGAUCAGAAACCAACACAUUUACCACCGGGCCACUAUACACAUGGCCACAGAUGGAAUGAACCAUACUUUGACUUAACAAUGCCAAAAAAUAUUACAUCGUUAGUUGGCAAAUCGGCCUACUUAGGAUGUAGAGUUAAGCAUUUAGGAAAUAAAACGGUUGCCUGGAUAAGAAAUCGUGAUUUACACAUAUUGACAGUUGGCACAUACACUUAUACAACAGAUCAACGAUUUCAAACCUCAUAUCAUCGUGAUAUCGAUGAAUGGACAUUGCAAAUAAAAUGGGCACAACAACGUGAUGCCGGUGUCUAUGAGUGCCAAAUAUCGACCCAACCAGUAAGAAGUUUUUCCGUUAACCUAAAUAUUGUGGAUACACUUGAUACUGAACAAUAUGAUACGCUGCAACAGUUUUACAAUGACGAGUCAUUUGUUAUUUCAAAUGAUCGCAUUUAUCAGUCGGCCGAUGAUGAAUUUGCUGGAAUGUUUGGUCCCAUACAGCCUGUUGCUGUGCCAACAGCAACCAUACUGGGCGGACCCGAUUUAUAUGUUGAUAAAGGAAGUACAAUUAAUCUAACAUGCGUAAUAAAAUUUAGCACCGAACCACCAACACAUAUAUUCUGGUAUCAUCAAGAUAAGGUUUUAAGUGAGGAGAACUCAGGUGGCCGUCUUAAAUUCAAGACCAUUAAAGCCGAAGAAACAAAAUCAAUUUUACUUAUUGAUGAUGCAUCUCUUUUAGACUCUGGCAAAUAUUCAUGUUAUCCAUCAAAUACUGAAAUUGCCAGUAUACGGGUACAUGUGUUACAAGGAGAACGCCCCGAGGCAAUGCAAACGAAUGCAGCUGUAGCCUCUAAAGUGCAAACUUCAAACCCUUUUACAGCUAUUACCACAUUUGUGGCAACUUUAACAUUAUGGUACGCGCUAGCAAGGUUUGUUAAAAAUGUACAAAAUUUCAGCAACGGCAACAGCAGCAUUUCAACAAUAAAAGCUACAGCAGCCAGUAGCGAAAAUAAAAGUGGCAGCAAUUUCUACAAUAAUAAGAAAAGCAACAAUAAAAUAAACAACGGCUGUAGCAGCAACAUCAACAGCCAUAGCAAUAUUAAUAAUAGUAAAAGUGGUAAUUGUGCUACUACGGAUAAUGCAGACUACGAUGACGACAACGACAUCAGCGAUGACAGCGUCAGCGACGAUAAAGACGAUGAUAAUGGCAAUAAUGCUGAUUUUAUAACAACAAGUAAAAGUGAGGGAGAAUUUUGUAAAGAAAUAUGCAACAUCAACGUGGUUUAUUAUGGAGAACUUCAACGCCAGCAACUUCAACAUCAGCCCCAGCCACACAAUACCGUAGAAUAUUUUAAGAGUUUUAAUGUUAUUCUUAAGAAAUGGAAUCAAAGGCAUGCUUUGCGGUGAUUAAAUAAUUAACAAUCUAAAAUUACCAUAAAAAAUGGUAAUUACAAUGUAAUGUUGUUGUAAAUACAAGUAAUUGUAAUACUUUAUUUAUUUUAUACUUAGACAUUUUUUAUGUUGUGUUAAAACUUCA